AUGGAGCAACUCCCACCUGCGGCGGUCGACGCCCUGGUUCGUAUGCUCAUCAUGGCUGAUCAUGGGCUGGCGCCAAAGCUGGCUGCCAAGGCAGUCUCGUUGGCUCAGCGUGUGGGCAUGCCGUCGCCGCUACCACAACCUGGGGAAGAUGAGGCUCUGGCUCUGGCCUUGAACUUGCUCCACGCGCACACACGGUCAUCAGGCCUCAAUUCGGCUGUCUACUGCUCGGCUAUGGCUCGACUAGCCCCGGUCGUGCCCGAUCGCGCUCUCGACGCAGCCCUCGCUGCCGCGCCCAUGCUUGCCUCGGCUGCACCCGCGCCGCAGGUCUGGCCGGCUCUGGUGGCUCUCUUUGCACGCUUUCCGCGCGUGCAACUCUCGCAGACUGCGCCUCAGCUCAUUGAGCUCUUCCAGGGCCCUCUGGCAGCCGCUGCUCAUCCAACCAAGCACGCGCCGCUGGUUGUCUUCUACGGCCUCAUGCUCGCGCUUCUCGGCGGCGACGGUACGUCCGACUCUGCUGCACACUUUGCUGACGACGCCGUGGCCUGGCUCUCUAACAAGAGCAACCUCACGGCUGGUGUCGAUCUCAAGUUUCUCAACGUGAGUCUCGGCAAGGUGCUCAAGGUCGCGACGCUCUCGCUUCGCGCGCUCAAGGACGCCCGUGCCGCUGACGUUCUGCUUCCGCUGGAGCGGCUUUGGGGCUAUGCCGCCAAGCUCGAGGCCAAGCUCAAGGUGGCUGAGCCCAAGUUUGCUGGCUUGCUUGCAGUCCGACUGGACAUGCUGUUGGCCUGUGUGACUGCUCCUGCCGACGAACCCAUCCUUGCGCGCGCCCUCGCCCUACUGCGCGCCUCGUCGGCCGCCACGCCAGAGCCCUCACUGCUGAGGUGCGUGGCCGGCGGCUAUGCCAAGAUUGGCACUCGCGCGUUCUCCGACGGGGAGUAUCCGGCUGCGCUGGCGCUUCUCUCCGCUGGCCUCGACCUGCUGCUCGAGGCGGCUGUGCCGAGCGGAACGCCCAGCGUCGAGAGCCUUGAUCCACAGGCUGCGUCAUCACUGGCCCACAUCCACUUUCUGCUCUCGCACACUGAGCGCAAGCGCAGGAACAGCGAUGCUGCAGCGGGCCACGUUCUUGCCGCCGUCGGCUUCAAGGCUGUCUCGCUCCUCGACUCGCCGGCAUCGUUGAGCGCGCCUCUGCCAGACUCGCUCCUAGCAGCGUGGCGAGCGAGCACACCAGCGCCUGAUGAGUUGAUCGACUUGGGCCAGCUACUGCCGGAAUGGUUUGUUGCCUCAGCUCCGUUCUCGCUUGUCCGCGAGGUCCUGGCCGAGCUCACUGCCGCUAAUGACCUGCUCUGGGGCGCUGCCCGCAAGCUCCUCCGAGAUGCGAUGGCGUCAAGCGAAGACAGCGUCUCGCACGUUGCGCUCGCCGAGCUAGUUCUGGAUGACGCUCGCGCUACGGUCCUUAACUCGCCCGAAUCCGCGCUCGACUCUCUCCUCGAGGCCCUGGUGAGCCUCACCAGUGCAGCAGAUGAGGCCGCGUCGCACGCGGGCCAGACACUUCUUGCACUCGGCUGCUCGUGGGUGGCGUUGUGGACGCUCCAGUUUCAGAUUGAGCCGACUCCGGCCCGACAGGCGGCCAUUACUAGCGUCGGUCACACUGAUGGUCUUGGCGCGCCGCGCAUGCCGUUUGACCUCGCCACCUCUGUGUGGCGCGCGCUGCUAGCAGCGCCGGCCGGUGACUCGGCUCUGGCGCUGCAGAGCCACCUUGUUCAUGUUGCCGACAUGCUCGCCUUUCUUGGCUACCCGUCGCUGCAAGUCAUGGUCCUUAACGGGGCGCUGACGCUUGGGGCCGGCGCGCGAGCCUCGGUCGGCCUUGCAUCCGCGCACAACGUGCUGGGCGACCCGCGACUGGCGCUCGAGACGCUGGAUGGCGGAACCGGCGACGGGGCCGACGGCGUGUCUGAGGCGGGCAAUGCUGCCGACGACGCCGCUGUCUACUCGGGCCGUGGUGCGGUGGCACGGUCGCUUGCGCUGGCCUCGCUGCAGCAGUUUGACGACUCGCUGGCGGUGCUGGAGACUGCUGACAGCUCGGGUGCCGACCCAGUUCUGGAGCCACUGGCCGAGGCCGCCCGCGCCGCACUGCGGGUCAAGGUUGGUGAGGGCUCUGCAGCGCUUGCUGCGGCUGCUGCAGCCCUCUCCAAGUCGACGGCGCUUCUACGAUCGGUCGAGGGUGCAAGCGGAUCGGACACUUCGAUGCUCGAUCUGCCGUACGAUUUUGUGGCCAACCUCGCUGACACCCUGCACCGGCUCGGCUCGCUCUCGCUGGCGGCCUCGCACGUUCGCAAGGCUGCGUACUACUUUAAGAAGGGCGCUGCACUUGGCGCCAAGCUCGGUGCCGCUGGCGUCGAGCUGCGGUUCCGGCUCGAGAUGGUCACCCUUCUCGCAUCCAAGCACGCGUUUGAUGAGGCCAGCGCAGCGCUCGACGCCGUCAAGGCGCUCGCCGCCAACAUCCCGCACUCGCCGCACGUUGAGCUGGCAAUCACCACUCGUGCUGCUGUUCUGGCCUCUUCCACCCGCAACUGGGGGGAUGCUCUCUCGCUCUACCGCUCGGCGCUGGACCAGGUCUCUGCGCUGGGCGGAAGCGGCGGCGAGCUCGAGGGUCUUGUCCUCGAGGACACGACCGUGGUUGUGGUCGGCGUCUUCCGCGGCCGCCUCCGCCGGCUUAUGCUCACCGCGCAGCUGGCUGCCGGCGAGUGCGAGCUGGACCCCGACGCGUUUCGUCUUUCCGACGCAGCGCUUCCCAUUGACAAGCUCUGGGUCCGUCUUCUAGCGGUCGAGGCCAAUGCCGACACCAGCGCAGCGCGGUCGCACGACUCGCGGGUCGCGGCGAAGCGCCAAGCCCGGGCCGGUAACCUUGACGCUACCAUGUCCGAGCUUGUCGAGCUUGCCAACGCUGCGCGCGGCUGCGGUGAGAUGGUGCUGUGCGAGCGAAUUGCGCGGUGGUGUGCGUUCCUGGCGCCAGCUGCCGGCGCCUUUGCUCCAAGUGUGGCCGAUGCUGUUGCAGCAUCGAUGUCGCCUAGCCUUGGCGCCGAGUUUGGCGAGCCGCCGAGUAGCGGGCACGAUAUUGUGACACUGGCGCUCUCGCCACAGCACGAGCUGCUGCUGGUUGUGCGCCAGUUUGCGGACGGCCGGAAUGCGGUCGUUGCCGGCGUGCCACUUCCCGCUGGCGGCGAGGCUGGCGGUAUCGACACGGCUUCAGUGUUUCGGUACCAGCGGGCGAGCAAGACCGAGCUGGCUAGCGUGUACAAGGCCGGGGCACGAGGUGUGACGACCAAGCCGCCCAAGACCGGUCUCACGCUCGAGUGGGUGCUUGAACGAUUCGGAGCGAUCAUGCUGCUCUCACGGGCGACGACAUCAGGCGCUGUGGCAGUCUCGACCAAAGCUGGCAAGGCCAAGUGGUGGAAAACGCGGAUUGCGCUUGACAAGGCGCUCGGGGCGCUGUUGGAUGCGAUCCAGAGCCAGUGGCUAGGGAGUCUGGGCGGAGACCUGGACUCGGUGUUCGGUGUCGACAAUGGGUCGACACUUGUCCUGGUCAUCGAUCCACUGCUCGCGCACCUGCCAUGGGAGUCGCUCCAGCUCCUGGCUGAGACGGCGUGCACCCGGGUGCCAUCAACACGGUUUCUGGCUCCGCGGCCCGAGCGCGUUGCGCGUGAGCGAGCCGUCUUCUACCUGCUCAACCCGUCGGGCGAUCUUGUCAAGACGCAAGCCCGUUUCGAGGAGCGGUUUGCCGCACACGAGGGAUGGGCCGGCACCGCCGGAGCGCCGCCAGCCACGGCCGACCUUGCUGCCGGGCUCCGAUCUGCAAACACGUACGUGUACUGCGGUCACGGCGCCGGCGAAGACUACUUUGCCAUGGACCACGUGCUGGCGCUCAAGGGCACCGCCCCGCAGCACGUCCUCCUUCUUGGGUGCUCGUCGGGACUGCUGCGUGCGCGUGGCGUCCACAACCCAAUCGGCAUGGCGUCGGCGUAUCUGCAGGCCGGUGCAGCACGGGUAGUCAGCAAUCUGUGGGACGUGACCGACGGCGAUCUGGAUCUGCUCUCGGACAAGCUCAUCAGCCUUGCGGUCGAGGGCGAGACGCCGCUCGAAGCGGCGCUCCCGAUCGCCCGCGCCGAGUGCAAACUUUCCUGGCUUGUGGCGUCGGCCGCUGUGGUGUAUGGACUGCCCACGCCGAGGUAGCUGGUAGAUAAAGCGAGUGCGCCG